AUGAAGGCAAAGGUGUGCAUCGGCCUCAUCCUCACCAUCGUGGCGACCGCGGCAGAGGUGCCAGGCGCUGCAGGGGACCCCCACCAGCUCCCUGCCAGCCUGGUCCGGCGGGACUGGCCCGAGUCCCUGUCCCAGGAGCAGAAGCACUUCAUCUCCCGGUUCCUGCCCCACAUCUUCACAGAGCUGAGCGACCGCAAGGGCUACGUGCACGGGGACGAGGGGAUGCAGGCCCUGCACGACCACUACUACCCCGACUGGAUGGACUUCGGCCGCCGCAGCGCUGAGGACUCGGCCGAUGCCGCGUAG